AAAUAGAUAAUUUAUAUAAAUUAUGGGUCCCGUAUUGCGGUCUGAUAAAUUUGGGCAUCAAUAUUAUUAUUGGUUACUAAUUAAAACCAAAAUAAAUUUUCGUGUAUUAAGAUGCAAACUUUUUUUUAUGUAUUUUCUAUGCAUUGGAGCAGCAUUAUAUAAAACAACUAAUGGAUACAAUAUUUAUUGCUGAAAUUAUGGUAUUUUCACUUAGUUGAACAAACGCCGCCGCCGCCGCCGCCGCCACUGCCUAGUUUGUGUCACUAGAUUCUUGAAAAUUAAUAAGAAUCCAUAAAUAGAAGAUAAUAUCCAUUUUUUACAUCAUGUGUACUUUCCUAAACAGUGCAGAGUACAACAAAUGCCAACACAAUCUCAAAAAAUUCUAACUGAAAUUGAAUUUGAUGGAAUUAAAAUUAAUUCCAUAAUAAAUAUAAUAUAUUUAUUAUUUAAUAUAUAAUUAAAAAAAAUCAAUAAUAUAACAAAUCAUAAUUAAUUUAAUUUGAAAAAACCUGAAAUUAGCUUUCAUCUUUGGUACCAAACUUUGAACUCAGAAGGCGUCGUGAGCAGCCUUUAGGCCUCUGCCUAGAGUCUAGACUGCCUUCACCGGCGCUCCUCUCUCAAACUCAAAGCAUCUAUAAUAUACUUACUUGCACAUUCUUGUAUCUAUCUACAUCAACCAUAAGUUCCAUGUCUUGUGCAGCCAUUGUCAGUUUGUUAAUGCUAACGUCGUUUUUCCCUAGCAAUGAAGCGUCGGCGUCUGGGAUUUCAGUUUCAGCUCCGUUUGCCGUUGGAUCUCGUUCGCUUCUACGAUCAAUCGCCGACGCUACAGUUGAUAAACCAGAUUAUGCGGUGGAAUUAAACGCCACGAAUUUUGAUUCUGUGUUUAAGGAGACUUCCGCUGCUUAUGCCAUUGUUGAAUUCUUUGCUCACUGGUGCCCUGCUUGCAGAAAUUACAAGCCACAAUAUGAGAAGAUUGCAAGGAUUUUUAAUGGAGCAGAUGCCGUCCAUCCAGGGAUCAUAAUAGUGACUAGGGUAGAUUGUGCCUUCAAGAUAAAUACUAAUCUAUGUGAUAAGUUCUCUGUUGGGCACUAUCCUAUGCUUUUAUGGGGUCCACCUUCUAAGUUUGUGUCUGGUAGUUGGGACCCAGAGCAAGAAAAGAGUGAAAUACGCUCUAUCGAUGAUGGCCGGACAGCAGAACUCUUGCUAAAUUGGAUUAAUAAGCAACUAAGCAGCUCCUAUCGCUUAGAUGAUGAGAAGUAUGUGAAUGAUCAACUUCAGAAAAAUGCUUCAGAUUUUGGACAGAUUGCACAUGCAAUAUAUGAUAUUGAGGAGGCAACGUUUAAUGCUUUUGAAAUCAUUUUAGACCACAAGAUGAUCAAAUCAGAUACUCGAGCCUCACUUGUAAAAUUCUUUCAACUUUUGGCCGUUCAUCACCCAUCGAGAAGAUGCCGGAAGGGAACUGCAGAGAUACUUGUUGAUUUUAAUGAUUUUUCAGUCAACAAGAAGGCAACAGCAAGUAUUGGCGAGAAGGGAGAAUUCAGGAAUUAUCAGAUUUGUGGAAACAAUGUUCCUCAUGGACACUGGAUCUUUUGUCGCGGAAGCAAAAGUGAGACCAGAGGUUUUAGUUGUGGUUUGUGGCUUUUGUUGCAUGCACUUUCUGUAAGAGUUGAUGAUGGAGAAAGCCAAAUGGCAUUUACCACUAUUUGUGAUUUUGUUCACAAUUUCUUUAUCUGUGAAGAGUGUCGGCUACAUUUUUACAGCAUGUGUUCAAGUGUUUCCAGCCCAUUCAAGAAAGCUCGUGAUUUUGUGCUUUGGUUGUGGGAUGCACACAACAAAGUUAACAAGAGACUUAUGAAAGAGGAGCCAUCUCUGGGAACUGCUGAUCCUGAAUUCCCAAAGAUCAUGUGGCCUCCAAAACAGCUCUGUCCUUCAUGCUAUCUAAGUGGUAGUGAAAAAAAUGAUGGUUAUAGUCUGAUUGACUGGGAUCAAGAUGAGGUCUACAGGUUCUUGAUUGGCUAUUAUGGGAAAUCACUCGUGACCCAAUUCAAGGAUAAAGAACUUCUAGUGGAAAGACAGGCUGAUCGCAUGGUAGCUGAGGAUUUGCUGGCUUCAAGACAUGCAGCUGUGGUUCCAGUGGGUGCUGCAGUUGGGAUUGCUGUUGGAAGCUGUGCAUUUGGAGCACUCGCCUGCUACUGGCGUCAACGGCAAAAGGACCGGAAGUAUAAAUACCAUCUACACUCUUUAAAGAAUAUAUGACUAUAUACAGAAUACAGGCACUCUAGUGAACA